CGUGAACAGCAAGUGCCAGCGUGGCUGGGCUCUGACACAGCCUGGUCCUUUUAACUCUGGUGAUGACAGAGCCACUGGCACUGCCACCAGCAGCCUGGCCAGACGCGCCAGGGCUCUGCCUGAUUUGUGUCCUUUUGGAGCUGUCCCCAGCGAGGGAAAAGCAUCACUCGAUUUUUUUUUUUUUAAUUUUUGGUCUUAUCUCACAGCUUGGUGACACCACAGGCACGAGAUGUGGCUGCUCAUGGCAGUCCUGCUCCUCCUCCAAGCACCCACCAGCUCCGAAGGCGCCACCAAGCAGAAGAAGGCUCUGAACCCCGAGGCUCUCAUGAACGUUAGCCAAAUCAUCUGCCACAGAGGGUACCCCAGUGAGGAGUAUGAAGUGCUGACUGAUGAUGGCUACUACAUCCACCUGAACAGGAUUCCUCAUGGAAGAGAAAAGCCUAAGAACAGAGGGCCCAAGCCAGUGGUGUUUCUCCAGCACGGGAUAUUUGGAGAAGGCAGCCACUGGGUGGAAAACCUGGCCAACAACAGCCUUGGCUUCAUCCUAGCAGACUCUGGCUACGAUGUGUGGCUGGCAAACAGCCGAGGGACCAGCUGGUCCCGGAGACACCAGCACCUUUCAGCCGACCAGGUGGAAUUCUGGGAUUUCAGCUUCCAUGAGAUGGCAAUGCUCGACCUGCCGGCUGCCAUCGACUUUGUGCUGCAGAAAACGGGGCAGAAGCAGCUCCACUACGUUGGAUACUCCCAGGGCUGCUCAAUUGCGUUUAUUGCGUUUUCAUCCAUCCCCGAACUGGCUCAGAAAGUCAAAAUGUUUUUUGCCCUGGCUCCAGCAGUGUCACUGAAGCACAGCAGAAGUCCAUUCAUGAAGAUGCAGCUCCUUGUGGACAACAAGCUCCAGAUGAUUCCGCUGCUGCUGGGCAGGACGGACGCGUCGCUGCGCAUCAGGAGGCUGUGGCGCUUCCUGCCCGAGCUCUGCAGGCACACGCUGCUGCACAGGCCCUGUGCCAACCUCCUCUUCCUCCUGGGGGGCUACAACGAGAAGAACCUCAACAUGACACGGCUGGAUGUGUACACAUCCCACUAUCCAGAUGGCACCUCUGUCAAAAACAUCAUCCACUGGGCCCAGGUGAUAAAAUCCGGAGAAUUCAAAGCCUUUGACUACGGCAGCGAGAACCGCGCUCGGUACCACCAGGACACCCCGCCCCUGUACCCCCUGGAGGAGAUGCCGGUGCCCACAGCAGUGUGGUCGGGAGGGCAGGACUGGGCAGCAGACUGGAGGGACGUGCUGCAGCUGCUGCCCCGCAUCAGCCACCUCGUCACCUACACCCACAUCCCCGACUGGAACCACUGGGACUUUGUCUGGGGCCUGGACGCCCCCGGGCGCCUCUACAGCAGCAUGCUGAGCCUGAUGGAGGCCUCCCGGUAGAGCGGCGGCCCCCGGCGGCCUGGCCCCUGUCCCUCAGCUGAGACAGCCCCAGGAGGGGCUGGGACACUGCCUGCUGUCCCCUCCUUCCUGCUGGCCUGACACGCUUGUGGUGAUGGUGCUUUGGUUGUUGGGUCUCUCCUCCUUGCUUGGGAGGUCCUCAAGCUCCAGCUCUGGGGUCAGCCAAGGCACCGGAGCAGGCAGGAGCCGCCAGCCCUGCUGGAAGGGCCCCAACAUGAUGGUGCUGAGGCAGGGACACAUGGGGACCCUGCCAUGACCCCAGGGUGGAUUGUGGAUUAGAGCAGCCGGGCUGUGAGGAGCUGGGCCUGUGGGGGGACAGGCUGAGAGCAGCCCCCAAGCGUGGCACACAAAGGAAUGCAGGGGAUGCAUGAGGCCAAACCCUUCUUGGCAGCAGCAACCACAGGGCUCUGGCCCCAGAUUGCAGCCCAGGGGGUUCAGGUUGGAUUUGGAGAAUCCUUUUUCCCCAAGACAAGUCCUCAGGAAGUGGAAGGUCUCCAUCUGGGCCAAGCCAGGCAGCUGCCUGCGUUAUUUGGGCAGGGACUCAGUGGCCAAAGGUCCCCAGGAGUGGCUGCUUGGCUCAGCACCAAGGCACUGGGAAUGAUUAUCCCUCAUCCCUCAUUCCUGCUGACCCCAGAUGCCCUGGGCUGGGGUGCAGGGCUGGCAUCUCCCCGGGAAGCUGCUGCCAGGCUGAUGUCCCCAGCCUGUCCCACCCUGCUGCUUGCUGCAAACCGGGAGGUGGGAAAAAUCCCUCCUAAAUAAAUACUCAAAGGGGGUUUCAGGA